CUCUAUCUUAGAAUCUCUUCUGUCUUCAUCCUUCUUGACACAAGGGUAACUAGAAGAACCCUUAAACCCCAUAAACCAGCUAGUUUUUCUAUCCAAUUUGUUACUUGGGGCAUUAUUUUCCUCGCUGAUUUGACUUACCCAGAUUUACCUCAGUCAAAGAUGAAUAUAAUGAGUAAUCUUUCUUCAACUCUAUGUAAAAGAGGGAAUCUGAGAGAGCUAAUUACUAAUGUUUCCGUCUAUAGUGGUCUCUCUGAUGUUACAGCAGGAGGAGGAGUAGCAAGCUUGAUAAUUAGGCGCUGGGCUACCAAAAAGGCUGCUGGAUCCUCAAAGAAUGGUCGCGAUUCUAAUCCCAAGAAUUUGGGGGUAAAGAAAUUUGGCGGGGAGAGAGUAAUUCCUGGAAACAUCAUAGUACGUCAGCGGGGCACAAGGUUUCAUCCUGGGAACUAUGUUGGAAUCGGGAAGGAUCACACCUUGUUUGCACUGAAAGAAGGUAAUGUUAAAUUUGAGCGUCAUAAGCUGAGUGGCCGUAAGUGGGUCCACGUCGAGCCCAAAGAUGGCCAUGUACUUCACCCUGUCUAUACCAAUAAUGCCAAAGAAGGUCAUGUUAUCUAUGCUGAUAAAACCCCUGUUGUACUCAAAACAGCCAAGGCUUAGGAAUUAACAUUUAGAAAACAACAUUGAAUUCUUCUAAUCCCUGUUCCCAUAGAGGAUUUUGGAGUGCUGUUCACUGCCUCUUUUAUUUUACAGUUUCAGGGUUUAUUUUAUGCAGUUGGAUAAAUUUCAGGCUGUACUUUAUUA